UGAACAGCGGUAUACUACUGUUGCCUUUAUUUAUAUCUAUGAUAUUUCAUGUUACCAUAGAAGUGCUCAGAAGCAAGGACAGCUAUGCAGUGGUUGUAAAAAUUAUCAAAGAUACCAGACCUGAUAUUAAGUUAAAAUUUGAAGCCAUGAAGCCUUUGGUAGUAUUUCUGUUUUCGAUACUGAUUGUUGUGGAAUCUGUGUGGCAAAAUCCUGGAUUCUGUGGAACAUACGAAUGCCCAGAGUAUACUCUAGACGAACAAGGAAAGGGAUACGAGAAACGGUUUUAUGCCACUGCAACAUGGGUAUCAACGUCCGCGGCAGGGAGUUACAAAAAUGCAACUACGACGACAUUUUCUAAACUGCAAAGUUAUUUAAAACAGUUAAAUGCAGAAGCGAUGGCAGUACCAUACGUGACUAUGAUGUUCCCAACAGUUGGACUGAAUGUAGUUCAGAAUUUCACUCAGUUUUUCUUCAUAAAACCAGCUCUUAGACCAGCUCCUGAACCAAUCGACACCAGCAUACAGUUAAAAGUAGUUCCACCGAAGCAUUUGUACAUUCGGACAGUACCGGGACACGUAACGUCAACAGCAGAUUGGGUAAAACAGGCAAACUUAUUGGCAAGUUCAAUUAACGACACUUCAAAGUACUACGGUACAUUUUUCUUUACCGCAGAAUACAAUCUUCCGUCAGAAAGUGGCAAGCGGUACAGUGAAGUGUGGUUCUAUGCAAUGAAUUAAUGGUAACAACGUUUGUUUUAUAUGCAUAUGAUGCUUCUUAUAAUACGUGAAAAAGACAUUGAUCUCAGCCUGUGUGGAAAAUUAAAUGUGAUAAAUAAAAUCUACUUUA